AUGGCUGCAAACGAAGGCACAAAUGGGCACACGGAAGUUCCUUCCGACCUUGAAAAGAAAAUUAUCAAACAAAUCGAGGUAAGCUGUAGGUUAUUUUUGUUGUUAUUAAUUUGUUUUUCUGCCAAGAAUCCCAGCGAAUGGUUAUUCACCUGAGAAGCAUUUUAAGGCUAAAAGGAAUCAUACCAUAAGUGAAAAGGACGCUAUUUUUGUACUCGUAAGCACAAUUACCCAUAAAAUUUCCUUGCCAAGAGCGUAUUAUAUAGUUUCAGCUUUGAAUGUCAGCAUUUUGCCUUUACCUGUUAACCGCUUAUGCAGAAAAUAGAAUAAGCGUUAGAAUGACUCUGUAGAGUUGCUACGUUCAUGUAUGUAGGGACGUUUUGACUACCGGUAUUUGUGGAGCCUACUGUACGUGUACACGUAUCACAUAUAAAUUUUAAGAACUUUGUCAAAAUCAAGGAGCUACAGUCACCCAUGGUCAAACUGACUCAUGACCGAAUAGGACUCUUGUGCAAGUCUGCCUUACAUCCAUCUUAAAUUGUAACAAUCAGUGCAAUGCAGCCAGUUAAAGGUUCCAUUAAUUAAGCAAGUUAGCUCAUGAUCAUCAGUAAGAACUACAGUAGAACUCUUCAGUCCCCCCUAGCUAGUUGAUCAAUAAAUAGGAUGGUUUCUUUGAACCUUCUGCCAUGUUGUUCACCACUGUCUGGUCAUGAGUUGGGAGGUUUCAUUUUUUAUCUGCACCCCUCUAAAGAUGACGGGAAUCUGAACCCGGGUUGUUUUUUUGUCAGCAGCUUUGAAAAAUUUGUCUGAAGGGUCAAAAUUUUGUGGGCUUUUUAAUUCUUGGAAGGAAAAAUCCGAACCCCCUUGCUUGGAAAAACCAUCAUCCUUAGGGGGAUGCGGAUAAAAAAUGGAACGUCCCAUUGACCCUGUGAUUUAACACUGUGCCCAUUAUUAAUAGUCUAAAAAUAAUUACCUGUCUUUAAAGGGACUGUACUGUGUCAUGGCAGUCCAGUUCAUUUUGUUUAAAUUUGCCAAUUGCUCGCCUGCAAUUGCUAUGGAACUUAAUGUAAGCAAAGAAAUAAUAUUACAUGUAAAUGACAAAAUCAGAGAUUCGAGACAAACAGAUAUGUCUCUUGAUCAUUAUUUUUGAAGUUGCAAACAGCAGAGAUCAACUUUGAAAAACUGUUAGGCUGAACAGUUUUCAAAAACCCCAAUUUCAAUCCGUUUCAGUCUUCUUCAGUUUUGCCCAUCCGUGGAAUCCAGUGUUGUAUCUGUUGUGUUAUUUUAACCUUCCUUUAAUGUUUGAAGCGGUUAUUUUUAUGUUUCUCUUAAUCUAAUGGGCAUUUUGUAAUUACCUAAUUUGGCUGAAUUUCGUGACACAGCUCCUUUAACAAAUCUGAAGAUACUUGAAUAAACUUCGAUCUUCAGCCCAGUGUAGAGCAAAGGCAAAGCUUCCUGCUACUGCUAGAACCCUGCAUGAUCACUGUGUAACCCUGACAACCAUUUGAAAGUAAUACCAAGCUAUAGCUUUGGUUUGGAGUUUUCUACCCCAGCCUAACAUCUUAUCAGACGGUUAAAUUUCCUUAAAUAAGUGAUAACUGGAAACUACCACCAUCCCUGUUCAGGAUAGGGCUGUACCUGAAAUCUUCAUCUUUGCUCUAUAUUGGUGUAGAGACUCAAGCUUAAUUUGUUCGAAUUUAUCACAUCCUGGAUAGAUGAGUUGUAUAUGUAAUCUUGUGUUAUCAUGCAUGUGAAGGAUAUUAACCAAUAUUAACAUUCAAAUUAUUGUUGCAGUUUUAUUUUGGUGAUAAGAAUCUACCCAGGGACAAAUUUCUCAGACAGAAGGUUGAUGAAGAUGAAGGAUGUAUCCUUUCAUGUACCCAUGUUCUUAAAAUCACUUUUCAACUAACUAGAGAAUACAAAUACAGGUUUGAAGCUCUGUAGCACCACACUCCCUCAGUUGAUGCUGAUAGACUUUAACAUUAUGCUUGCAUUCUUCUCAUGAUUGCUUAUGACAAAAAACCCCAUCCCCUUCAUAAUACCAUUUUGCUUGUGCAGGCAGUGUUCUCCUUAUCAGGCGGUAACUGGUAAAAUUUACCACUUGAAGCAACACUUCUUACUGCUUGCAUUUGCUUGAAGGUUUACUAAAAUUAAAUUGUGAUCUGAUCCUAUUUUCACCAGGAAAUGAAUGAAUAUAUUUAUGGAAAAGUACUAAAGUAUGCACAGCUUUUGUUUUUAUGGGCCACUCAUUUUGGAAAGAGAACAUUGAAGAGAGAGUAAAAUUUUUGGAAUCAAAGGUUUUUAAUUGUUGUCUAAAGAUAACAACGGCUGAUUUGUGAAAAAUAGGUGUUAAAAUGAGGGAAUGACAUUUCAGAGAACUUAGCUCCUGAAUUUCCAAGUAAGGGCGGGCCAUGUCCCGCCUCCCCUCCACCACGAAAGUGCACCUUUGGUGUAUAUUUUUUGCCUUACCGGCCAUGAAUGGUCCCUUUCCUGCUGAUCUAAACUUUAGGAAGAACACAGUCUGUGCAGGUAUAUUGAGUGAGCAAAAUAAAAAAGAACAUAAAACGUACUCACUCUCUCUUAAUUCAAAUUUAAAUAUCUCAAGAAGAUUAAUGUACAAAAUAAAAUUACAGUAUUAUUUAUUCUCACUGUAAUCUGUAGUUUUCUUGACAAGACUUGCUAUAAAUCACAGGGGUGACACUUGAGUGUCUAACAACUUUCAACAGACUUAAGGUAAGAAGCUCACAUUUGCUUUAUCUUGCCCCAUUCUUUCUCUAACAAGAAGAUACCAGGAGGCGUUUACAGUGUAUGCGGGAUGUGUUGGUGUAUGUGAGGGGUAUUUUGACUGGAGUUGGACAAUUAAGUACAAGGGUUGGUACUUGCAAUGCUGAUAGGAGUGGAGUUCUUCAGAGUGAAAGCAGGUGUAAACAACUAGCCCAGUUGUUAAAAAGGUGGAUAAAUCUCUUUAUUAUAUAAACACCAAUGAAAUACCAAGUGAGCUUUCGCGUGAAAACUUGAUAUCUCCACAUGUGAAAAUAACAUGUUAUCUUCACAUGUGAAAAUGUCACUGUUGCUAUGGCUGCAUAAUAAAAAGCACCUUUCACACCAAAAAACUAUUUAAGUAAAAUGGUUUGGUAUUUCAUUGGUGUUUAUAUAAUGAAUAGAACAUUACAUGGUCGCUUGGAGAUACAACAUUUCUCUUCUCAUGUUGAAAAAAAUAUUUCACUCGUUCGCUGCUCUCACGCGUGAAAUAUUUUUCAACACUCGAAGAGUGGAUGGCGCAAUGGUUUUCCUAACACUUUUAUGCUGGAUAGUGAUUUAUCUGGUCAAUGGUGCUUGUCGUGACGUUUGGCCCAGAGACUGACAGAACCAUUAUUUUUAGGCUCUAUCAACAGAUAUAGAUGCUAUAGCAAAAGCUCUCAGAAAAUCAGAAGCUGGCCUGCUUGAGGUAUGUUACAAAUGUAUGUUUAAAUACCGGUACAUUGCUGUUCUUGAAUGAAGUUUCAGUAAGAUGUACCAGUGUUAUUUGUACAUGUAAAUAAUUAUUAAGACUUGUUGUAUAUUUAUAAAGGCUGUGUUUGCUUCCAGAAAUAUUAUUGUAAGAAGCAAAAAAUCUUUGAACCUAUAACACUUAGGCAUGUACAUAUGUUCAACUCUGACCACCCCUGUUGUUUGACAAAGUGUUUGUUUAUGGGAGGUGGUUGUCUUAAAUAAUAAAAUGUAAGCUCAAACUAAACUGAUAUAAGAGAGAGUUUUUGAAUAACAGUAUUUAACUGAGAAAAAAGAAGUUAUUUACAACAUGGUCGCUUAUUGGAGUUGGUCACUUAUGAGAAGUGGUUGCUGUGAGAGAGUUGAGGUUGAAGAAGUAGUUUUUUUCAAAAAGUAAGGUUUAGCAAAAGUUUUAUGUAGCUGCCUAGAAAUAAACUGACUAGGUACUGCUAUACUUCCAGUCUUUCAAUUUACAACAGUACAGAAAGCAUAGCGGCACUGUAAAAUGCUAUUUUUAUUUUUUUAGGUCAGUGAAGAUAAUAAGAAAGUAAGAAGAGUUGCAACAAAACCUCUUCCCGAGGAAACUGCAGAAGCAAGACAUGAUGCCAAAACCAAAACAGUUUACUGUGUAAGUUGUGUAAAGCAUGCUGUUCAAUAAUUAUUAUACAGUGUAAUUGGGGUAACAUUAAAACCAUAUAACAGCAAAAUUGUUUCUCAGUUUCAAAACGCUAGCCAAAUAUGCCAAGCGGGGUGUUUUAUCUUUUAUUAGAAGAUCAUCUAUGCACCCUUUCAUAUACUUGUAUACAGUGGGCUGCACUGCUUCCUACAUUUAUAUACAAUGCAACACUAAAAUUAAUGUUGUCCCAAUGAUGGCUCUUUUUGAACUGCAUAUAUAUUACACAUAUCAAAGAGUAGGGGUAAUUUUCCCAAUCCCUUUAUUUUGGCAUCUAGAGAGGGUUGUCUAAAUUUUAAAUGCUGUACAAACCAUCAUCAAUGCAUAGUUUACACAACAUGUACAUGUAACCUUCACUUAGCAGGAUUUAAAGUAGUUAAUGAAUAGCCAUUUGAUUCUUCUUUAAUCUUCAUUGUUAGUUUGGUGUAAUUUCCUUGCAGAAAGGUUUCCGUGCAGAAACAACUAUUGAUCAACUGGAAGAAUUCUUUUCAGAUAAAGGAAAGGUAAAGUACAACCCCCCCCCCCCCAUGUUUUCGUCUUAAAUAAGGGUUGAUUUCAAGUGUCGCAUUACAUUCGGAAAUAAAAUAGAGGCAAUAUAUAAAAGGUCACUUGUAAGCGUAACAGUUGAAACUCGCUCAACUUCUCUUUUAAGGUCAGCACUUUUUAUCUUGCCCCUAUUUUAUUAACGUGAUUAAAAUUUACAUGCGAUAACUUGCAAAGCCAAAAACACGCCAGUGGAAAUCAACCUUUAGCCUGACUUGUCCUCCGUCAGUUUAGUCCUAGCGUCAAUUUUGGUACAUGAAAUUGUACAUUGUUGUUAGUAUGCUUAUAACCAGCCAGUGGAUCCUGUGUUGAAGCCCCUUAAACACUACUUUUUGCGAUGAUUUACCUGUGUUUCUUUUUUUUUUAACUGUUCAAAGGCCGUGCUGAUCAAAAUGAGGCCAUUUAUUUAAAGGAUCUGCGUUUGUUGAAUUCUCCACUGUGGAUGAGGCAAAGGCAUUUGUGGCAACAGAAGCACUUAAAUACAAUGAACAGGAGCUCAUUAAAAUGAUGAAGUAAGUAUUCUUCAUUAAUAAAGAAGAGUUGUCCCUAAAAUGGCUUCUCUCGUGACAGUACACUGUAUGUUUGUGUAAAGUUUCAGUCGUUGGCAGAUACUAUUGAUUGGGGGAGUAGGGUGUUUGAGGGGCUGGGAUACCCCUAUGCUAUUAAUACAUGUAAAUCCAUCACACUGGAGUAUUAACUGAAGGACACUUUACUUGACUUUGAAACUGACAAGAAAAAAUACUACCUGAGAGUUGCAUUCAGUUUUCACCUUGCAGCUUAGUAACAAAACUUGCGAUGAUUCCUCAUUGCCUUUAACCUGUAAACGAGCUCGCUAAUUUUGGUGAGAGAAUGCACUUGCGUCUCCUUUCGCAUGUGGUUCUCGCAUGAAUUCUCACAACUCCCCCAAAUGGAGAGCUUGCUUGCAGGCUACAUUGCCUUUCAACUGCGGUUCUUGUCGAAACUGAUGGAACCUGGGGUACAUUCAUUUUAUCACACAACAUAUAGAAAAGCUACAACUUUUUUGAGUGUUUAUCAUGAAAACAAGGGUCUGUGUAAAAAAAAUGCAUGUAAUGUUUGAAAACUUGUAUGACUUUUAACAGUGUGCAAAAGUUAUCCCCCUAUGAUAAUAAUGUCAUUAACUGUCACAGUCUGUUAGUGGAAAGGGGAUUCAAACCUCCUGCCUCUUGUAACCUGCAUUCCCUGCACCCAUCCUUUUUACUGGAUUCCUCCCUUGAGCUAUCUUUCGAUUGCAAAAUAUUAAGCAUUGUUGUGUAAUUUCCUUUAUUCAUUUCCUGCCCUCUUAUAACGCCCACCUCUCACUCUUUCCUCUCCCACCCAUCCCCUGUUAUCCCCAGCUCCUAUUCCCCUGUCUACCCCCACUGUUCAGUUACUAGUGAGUUUAACCAAGGACGUGUGGGAACAACGCACAUCAACCGGAAGUGGACUUCUUGCAUUCUAAGGCAAUGAUGCGCUUGCCCAAAUUUUCGGGCAAAUUGUCUCUAUAAGAGUAAAUACACUUAGUAAUACAAAUCUGGUAGUGUCAAGGGAUAUUAAAAGCGACAAGGGCUCACUUCUGGCUGAGGUGUAUGGUUUAAAAACGCUUUCGCCUCACCUUCCUACUGACAGAGCAAGGCCUUUGACAAUUCUUUUGCAUCGUACAAUUUAAGUUAGGGUUCGAAAAUGAUUUCGAUUAUUGGUGAAUUUUAAAGGGAUUAAUAUUACCUUAUCAUAGGGCUGACUACUGUAAAAAGAAGGAGGAAGAAUUCAAACUGAAAAAGGAGAAGCAAAAAUAAGUCUUUUUUUAAAACAAAAGGAAUUAUAUUAUCGCAUGUAUUAACUCAAAUACUCAAGUGAUCCAUAUUCAAACUGCUUUAACGCAUAAAAAUAUCAGCCUAUGGUUCUUACUAUUGAAUGAAACAUCCCUACAAUUCUGGACAGAAGGUCAGAGUUCCAGUCCAGGAUUACAUUGUAUGUAUACGUUUUGAGCUAGCGAUUUCAUCACCAUCUCUAUUCCAUCCUUGACCUCGUUCGGUACAACUGAGAAUUUUUGGUAAGUCAGAUAAGCUAGCCUCCCCAAAGGACGUCUGCGGGGAGGCUACUGAGGGUGCCGUCGAUUGACAUUAUUCUGGAAAACGAAUACUUAAAACAAAAAGAAAAGAAAAAAGUCUCUUCUAUGUGAUUUUAACGCGACAUGCUUCUUAAUAUUUUUAUUUCAAGUAGGUUUAUAGAUAUUGCAGUGCAAUGAGUGCCAAUAAUUAAGUGAUUCCAAGAUUUUAUCCCAUUUAUUUUUAUACCGGAAUGCAGUCAAUCGAACGCGCCCUGAAAAGCUAAACCUGCAAAUUUGUUUUCAACAGAGCGUUUUUGGGAUCAAUAGCCGUAACUGCUCACCAUCUACAAUCCCGGUCAUGGUAUUUGAAACGCUUGCUGAUGUUUGGCCUCCUUCCCUUUCAAUUUUGAUUUUCAGGAGGUACAUUGGUAUAGACCUGAGUGGUUACCCAAGCGACAGCAGUGGCCACCAGACAUUGAGACGAAGACCGCCCCAGAGAGCCAAGAAGAAGCAAAAGUUAUCCGGGAAGUCCUUGGAGUGGCCCAAGGUCAAACAGACAUGCUUGACACCUUGCCAGCCAAGUCUACCCUCUGGCGAACACUCAGGGUUUGCGCUUGGAUGGGACGGUUUAUACACAAUGCACGAAGUGCCAAGUCGGACAGAAACAAAGGCCCGCUUACCACAGAAGAAAUUAACAGGCAGAGACUCCUUUGGCUAAAGAAAGUCCAGGAAAACUUCAAGGGAGACGAACGGUUCGAAGAACAUCGGUUGCAGCUCAACCUUCAAGAAAACGAAAGUGGGUUGGAGUGUACAGGGAGGAUUCAAGGUGUGUACCCCAUUUACGUACCAGACUCGCACCAAUUUUCACUCAAGCUUGUUGGUGAAGAGCACAAAACCACAUUGCAUGGGGGAGUAGGCCUGACUAUGGCGAAGAUUCGUGUGCAGUAUUGGAUCCCAAGGCUGCGACGCCUUGCAAGAAAAGUGAUCAAGUCCUGCAACGGUCGUAAGCGGUUUCAUUUCACCGCAUUUACCAGUCCAGCACCUGGACAGCUUCCAAGGGACCGUACAGAAGGCCAAAACGCAUUCCAAGUGGUAGGAGUAGAUCAGUCGAGAAACAACUACCGACUGGUACGCUACCACGAGAGGUUGUCUCCAGCGAUCGGCCUUCGGGCCCCUUCUCUGGAACGUCUUUUAAAACGACCUACACCUCUCCACCGAUGAAAAUAGGUUAUUCAUGUACGUGAGUGACCACCAACUGUUUUCAGUGGCGAAGACAGCCAACGAGGCGGAAAGCAUUUUAACUGAGGAAGGAAACAACAUCUCUGAGUGGUAUAAUAA